GCGGCGCGCGGACCAAUGCCCGGCGACGCCGCUGGCCCCGCCUCCGUUUGUAAUCCGACUGGGGCGCAGUCGGCUGCGCGCUGGGCUCGCCGGCUCGGAGGCAGCUGAGGUGAGCCGGAGCAUGCGUGGCCAGAGCACACGCUCGCUGUGGUGACCACAGAGUGCAGCUGGCCACGAGGGAGAAGCGCCAGCCAGAGCCAAGCUGGAGAACCUGGAACAGGUCCUGAAGCACAUGCGCGAGGCUGCUGACCGGCGGCAACAGCUGGAACUGGAGCAUGAGCAAGCCCUGGCCAUCCUCAACGCCAAGCAGCAGGAAAUCGACCUUCUGCAGAGGGCUCAGGUGGAAGCCAAGAAGGAGCACGAAGGUGCCGUGCGGCUACUAGAGUCCAAGGUCCGUGAGCUGGAGCAGAAGUGCCGGGCGCAAAGCGAGCAGUUCGACCUGCUGUCGAGGGACCUGGAGAAGUUCCGCCAGCACGCGGGGCACAUCCACCUGCUGAGCGGCAGCCCCCCGGCCGCGCGCAAGCCUUUCCCAAAGCUCAUGAAUGGCCUGGCCCCGCCCAUUGGCAGAGGCCAGGAGGGCACGGCUGGAGGUUGCCCUGUGACCGGAGGAGGGGCCCGGCCUCUGCCGCUCACCACUGCAGCUGAGAAGCCCACCUGCCCGUCGCCGCCUGGGGCCCCGAGAUGCAGGUUUGAAUCCAAGAUGGACAAUGAGAGGAAGUCCAACACCUCGAAGCAGAGCUACUCAGGCAGGGUCCACUUAUGUGUGGCCCGCUACAGUUACAACCCCUUCGAUGGCCCCAACGAGAACCCAGAGGCCGAGCUGCCCCUCACGGCCGGAAAGUACCUCUACAUCUAUGGAGACAUGGACGAGGACGGGUUCUAUGAAGGGGAGCUCCUGGACGGGCAGAGGGGCUUGGUGCCCUCCAACUUUGUGGACUUCGUUCAGGACAGCGAGUCACGGCUGACGAGCACCCUGGGGAGCGAGCAGGAGCAGAACCUCAUCAACCAACCCGGUCUCGGCUUGGAGCGGGCCGACAUCCUCGACCUCCACUCCGCGACCCACGUGGACUCCGACCUCCCCAGCAACGGCGCGGGGACGCUGGACGUGGACCUUGAUGACAUCGGAGAAGACACCGUGCCUUACCCUCGGAAAAUCACCCUCAUCAAGCAGUUGGCCAAGAGUGUGAUCGUGGGCUGGGAGCCCCCGGCUGUGCCCCCGGGCUGGGGGACUGUGAGCAGCUACAAUGUCCUGGUGGACAAGGAGCCCCGCGUGAACCUUGCACUGGGCAGCAGAACUAAGGCCCUGGUCGAGAAGCUCAACAUGGCCACCUGCACCUACCGCAUCUCCGUGCAGUGCGUCACGAGCCGGGGCAGCUCAGAUGAACUGCAGUGUACGCUGCUGGUGGGCAGGGACGUGGUGGUGGCCCCCUCACAACUGCGGGUGGACAACAUCACUCAGAUCUCUGCCCAGCUUUCCUGGCUGCCCACCAACAGCAACUACAGCCACCUCAUCUUCCUCAACGAGGAGGAGUUUGACAUCGUCCGAGCCGCCAGGUACAAGUACCAGUUCCUCAACCUCAGGCCCAACAUGGCGUACAAGGUGCGGGUCCGGGCGCAGCCCCACCAGGUGCCCUGGCAGCUGCCGCUGGAGCAGAGGGAGAAGAAGGAGGCCUUCGUCGAGUUCUCCACACUGCCCGCAGGCCCUCCGGCACCCCCACAAGACGUCACUGUCCAAGCCGGGCUCAGCACGGCCACAGUCCAGGUGUCCUGGAAGCCCCCCAUGUUGACUGCUGCUGGGCUCUCCAACGGUGCCAAUGUCACCGGCUACGGCGUGUAUGCCAAAGGGCAGAGGGUGGCCGAGGUCAUCUUCCCCACAGCGGAUGGCACUGCCGUGGAGCUUGUGCGACUGCGGAGCCUGGAGGCCAAGACUGUGACUGUGCGCACCUUCUCCGUCCAGGGCGAGUCCGUGGACUCCUCCGCAGCUGCCAUCCCCCCUGACCUCCUGGUGCCUCCGACCCCCCACCCAAGAACUGUCCCCCCAGCGAAGCCUCUAGCAGGUGUCCCCGAUACCAAAGAUGAGUCCCUGGGUACCCACAUCAGAACGGACGAGGUCUGGGAGCAGGGCCGGGCGCCUGCCCUGGGACACGGGCACAUGCUGGAGCCGCCCAGCCUGCAAGGCAGUGGGCGGCGCUCGCCCUCACCCAGCCGCAUCCUGCCGCAGCCACAGGGGGCCCCCGUGUCCAGCACCGCCGCCAAGGCCAUGGCCCGGGAGGCAGCACAGAGGGUGGCCGAGAGCAGCCGGUUAGAGAAAAGGAGCAUAUUCCUGGGGCGGGGCAGCACGGGGCCGUGCGCCAACUCCGACGAGGAGGAUGGCUACACCUCCCCCGACCUCCGCCGGAGAGGCGCCUCUGUGGACGACUUUCUGAAAGGCUCCGAGCUCGGCAAGCAGCCCCACUGCUGCCAUGGCGAGGAGUACCCCACCGAGAGCAGCCGGGGCUCCGACCUGUCGGACAUCACGGAGGAGGACGAGGAGGAGCUGUGCUCCGAGAUACAGCUAGAGGAUGGAGGCCGCCGGCGGUCCAGCGGCCCCGCCCACGGCGCCCUCAAGGAACGCUCUAAGCCUAGGAUGGCAGACGGCGCCCUGUCGGAGCCGGCCGAGCUCCCCGCACAGCCGCACCUCAGUAAGCGGCUCUUCAGUAUCCCCGAAGUGGCCGAGGAGGACCCAGAGCCCUGCGAGCUGCCGCGCAGACAGGGGGUGCGUUGUGGCCCCAGGCCACGCCCCCGGGCUCCGCAGGGCUCCAGGCUCCCCGGGCAGGCCUUGGAGGACUUCCUGCUGGAGGACAGGGGCUGCCGCUUCAGCCGCUGGGCCACUCGGAGCCCGGACAGCGGCCUGGACUGCGGCAGCGAAGAGGAAGAGCUGCGGUUCAGUUUUGGGAAUGCCUCGGCCCCGUGCAGCCCUGGCCCCGGCCGCUGCCCCUGCAGGAGGAGCCCGCGGCCCCUGCUGGCCCGGCGGCGGACGCUGACCCGGCAGAGCAGUGUCGAGGAGGACUUCGAGGAGCAGAUCCUAGGGAACCCGGCAUCCACGGGGCGGGCGGACCACGGCGGGCGGCGCUUCCCCCCAGGUGGCGUGGGUCCUCCGAGGCCGCGGCCCGUGGCGGCCUCCCCCAUCGACGAGUAUGCAGGGAGGAACCGCCUCUCCCCCGACUUCUACGAGGAGUCAGAGACGGACCCCGGCACCGAGGAACUCCCAGCCCGCAUCUUUGUGGCCCUUUUUGACUACGACCCACUGACCAUGUCCCCCAACCCAGACGCUGCGGAGGAGGAGCUCCCCUUCAAAGAGGGACAGGUCAUCAAGGUCUAUGGUGAUAAAGACGCCGAUGGCUUCUACCGUGGGGAAACCUGUGCCCGGCUGGGCCUCAUCCCAUGCAACAUGGUCUCAGAGAUCCAGGCGGACGACGAGGAAACCAUGGACCAGCUGCUGCGGCAAGGCUUCCUGCCCCUGAGCACACCUGUGCAGAGAGCAGAGAGAAGCCGGAGGAGCGGCAGGCAGCGUUCUGUGUCCACUCGCAGGAUGGUGGCUGUUUACGACUAUGACCCCAGAGAGAGCUCGCCCAAUGUGGACGCAGAGGCCGAGCUCACCUUCUGCACGGGCGACAUCAUCGCCGUCUUUGGGGAGAUUGACGAAGACGGGUUUUACUACGGAGAGCUGAACGGGCAGAAAGGCCUGGUGCCCUCCAACUUCCUGGAAGAAGUGCCUGACGACGUGGAGGUCUACCUAUCUGACGUACCAUCCCACUGCUCGCAGGACACGCCCACGCGGCCAAAGGCCAAACGGGUUCCUGCUGAGGGGUCAGGGCCAGCAAGGAGCGCUCCACCUCCCACAACCCACCUCCACUCGGGGUCACCUCCGCCCUCCGUGGGUUCUGGGAGUCCCGGGAGAGGCAGGGAAAUGUCCUCGAGAAAGAAAAAGGGGCUGCUUUCCAAGGGCAAGAAACUGCUGAGAAAGCUGGGCGCAGUGCGGUGACCGCGGUGACCCCGGUGACCCCGGCUGCGGACUGCUCCGC